AUGGUUUGGCGCAGGUCCCUCUUUCUACAGCCCCUCUGCUGCCCUCAAGGCAGCAGUGAGAUCGUGCACCUUCAAUUGACGCCUUUGAGAGUCAUUUGCAGGGGGCCCUUCGUUGAAAGGACAAAUAGGCUGACGCGCCUUUUUGCGUCCUUCGCCGCUGGAGGCGCCUUCGUCCGCGUAACUAUUGCCGAGGAAACUGGAUCUAAACUUUACGGCAAAAGCGUGGCAGCCUCCAUAAGGCGAGCGGACAUCCUACGGGCGCUGGGAUCUCUGAGCUGCUCAACCCCCGGGCUUUUUGGAAGGCAGUUUGGAAUCUGCGUGAGCAGCACAACUCCCACCUUGAGCGUUACGAAGGAGGCCAUCAACGUACAGCCCGACAUUACCUCCGCCUCCGUCGACAGAGCCUUUCAGCCUACACAAUACAGUCCAAGGAAAGACCAAGUUUUCUGCUUUACGGACGGAUGCGGAUUCAUGUCAGCCCGGUUUUGGCAUCGCCUUGCCACUGCAUACCCCCAGUACAGGAGAUGCAGCGCCGUGCAGAUGCGACUGGGGGGCUUUAAAGGGAUGUUGGCACUUCACCCGUGCUUCCCAGAGAGCUUGCUAGAGAAGGGUCAUGACAUCAUUGCGCACCACUCCAUGCUGAAGUUUGACUGCCCAAUCCUGGUGAGCCCUUUUACCGAAUAUAGUCGCUGUUUUCCCACAUCUGUGGCAGCACCUAAGCGGCUGGCCCGAAGGCACCCGGAGUCGACCUUUUCAGGAAUCCUAGCUUGGGUUUUUCCUCGCACAGAGAGACCCUUGCAUCACUCGAGGUGUCGCUUUGCUUGCGUAUUCACAGAAACUGGAAGUUAA